GGAGAAACCGAGCCAAUUUGCGACAGUCCUUCACAUCAUGGCCCGGGAUAGCACGGCACGAGUUUGACAGCCUCGCUGAUGAUCGAUGAUUGCCUGUGGAAUAAUUGCUCAGGACUGCCCACGACCACGCCUGUUAUUGUUAUUGGUGGACUGGCCGGAAUGUGCAUCACGUUGGCCCUGACUAGAACGCCCCGAACCACCAUGUUGAAGAGUGAGACCGACGUACGGACGCCGCCGCCCAGAGUUCGUUUACUGAAGGCCCGCGGUUCGUUGGAUCAUCAACCCCAAACAGGUCCUACUGCCACAACUACGAAGAAUGCCUAUUCUCAUAAUAGUGGCAUCAAAAUCAUACAAUCUCCAAUUACCCAGCAACCAGAUUCAUGUUCGUUUGCAGCAAUGGCAAACAAAUCGAAUACCAAAAGAGAAUUGCUUUUGCUGAAGUUGAGCCGGGGGUCUCUUGGAAACAGCCUCCCUACUUCCGAGCAGGGGCAAGAUGAUCUUAUUAUUGCUUCUAAGACUGAUCUGGGAACUGUUCAGAGUGUUAUGAACUCUAGAUAUGUUCAAGAAGUGCACAGGUCUUCAGAUAACAGGGAGAAAUCAGAGAGUACUGGCCCUGAGGCCACCACUUCACUGCAGAUCGCAAAGCGAAUUGACAGAGAAUUGGUGGAUGGAGAUGGGAAAAAAGAGCAAAUGAAUAAGGCAAUUGAAGGAUAAUGCUCGGUAAAUUGUUGUUGUUGAUUUAUGUUCUUAUCUCCUUUCAAUUGUUAUCUUAAACUCCGUGAUAAACACUAUAGUAAAUAUAUACUCGAAAGAGUAUUACAUUUGAUGGAUUAGACAUUCAAUAAUUAUAACAAAGGGUUUCACAUUGU